CCCAACCCCAUCCAGCGUCGGUAGCAGCGGCUGUGUAAUUUGUGCAGGCAAGUUCUUUCACUCUUUCACUUUCUCAAUUCUGUUCCUCAGAAGCUCUUUCAAGCUCAACUUUUGUUUCGCUUGGGUAGCAAGAUCUUGAAAGAAGAGUUGUCUUCCUUCCGGCUUUGAACCUGAAGGAGGAGUGGCAAGAGUUUAGUUAGGCAGCAGUACUUCCUUUUCGAGUUUCAAACCGCCUUUUUGAGAGAGAGAGAGAGAGAGAGAGAGAGAGUUGGUCAUAGAACGAGCUCUGCUAAGCGACUAGCUGGCUUGUUUCCUAAGUUCGUAGCUCAAGUUUACCUUAGCAGCAGCAAACCUUACUUAACUAGCGCUACCUUUGGAAAGCAAGUUAGCUACAGCUGAGCUGCCUUACUCUUAACAAAACAAGUAAGCAAGUAAACUACCUUUCCUAAGCCUAAGUUUACCCGGCCGAAGCAACUACUACAACAACAGUUACCUACCCGGCUACAGGCUAAGCUCACCUCUAACACUUCCCUGAAGCACAUUAGUAGAGAUCUACACAGUUGCGGAACCUACUGCCAUACUCAGCCGUCUCUCGUCUCUGCAUAUAUCCAGCCACAAGCAUUUCAAGUUCCAUUUCUCUCUAUAUCUCUCUGUGCAAAGUGCAAGACAAUUGCAAGAUGUUUCUCGCCGGAUGCUUUUUGUUGCUUCUUAGCUUUCUUCUUAGCUUUGUAUUGUCUUCCAUAUAUACUAGCAAGGCACGAAACCUACCACCUUCCCCCUUUGAACUCCCCAUCAUAGGAAACCUACAUCAGUUAGGUUCUUUGCCUCACCGUAAACUCCAGUUAAUGGCUAAAACCCAAGGACCGCUAAGUAUAGAUGGAGAAGCGGAUUGUACUCCGAGAUUUAAAUGGAUGUUCCAGGAAAUAGGAAAUUUGCUAGGAACAUUUAAUAGAACAGACUUCAUACCUUGGCUUGGGUGGGUGAAUUUUGUAAAUGGGUUGGAGAAGAGGAUGGAGAAAAUUUUUGUAGAGAUAGAUGUUUUUCUUGAUACUGUGAUUCAACAACACAGAAUUGGAAAUAAGAAAAAAGACUAUCACAAUAAUGAUGCAGACAUUGACUUAGUAGACAUCCUCCUUCAGAUUGAAAAAGACAGGAGCUUUGGAAUUUCUCUUUGGAACGAUAACAUCAAAGCAAUUCUAUUGGAUAUGUUUGGCGCCGGAACUGAUCCCACAAGUAUACUUCUCGAGUGGACGAUGGCAAAAAUUUUAAAGCAUCCAGAAGUAAUGAAAGAAGUUCAAGAGGAAAUAUGGGGGGUCACAAGAGGCAAAGAGAAUAUUGCAUAUGUUGAUAGAAAACAAAUGCAUUAUUUGAAUGCAGGGAUUAAGGAAACACUAAGACUGCAUCCUCCACUCCCCUUAUUGAUUCCACAUAAAUUGACAAUCUGUUAAAUAUAAAUUUCAGAUUCAAUCAUAUAUCUUUCGAUGUAUUUUCAUAUUCCCUUGUAUUCUCAGCCAUUGAUUUCUUAGAGAAGUUUCAAUUCUUCACUGGA